CCGCCACAAGAGAGCCUGAGCGCCCACCCAUCAAGCGCGGAGGCUUCGCGCGAAGCGCUCAAAACGCGCCCGUCCCCGCACGACCCUCCUCCGCGCGUCGACCGGGGAGUGGCACGGGGGACCUUGGCCGAUGGAACUGGCACACCUCGAGGGCAUCGGCCUCUUCGAACGUCCAAGCCUCGCUGAUGCGCUCGGAGCGCUCGGUGGAGCGCUCUGUGGAGCGGAGGUGCGCCCGGAGACGGUCUCCGCGCCCUUGGAGGCGCCAGCGGCGGGCGGCUCACGCUGGAGCCCGGUGCAGCUGAAGGAGCAGUUGGAGAAGUUGCCAGUGCAUCAGCUUUUCCCUGAGCUCUGCGAGGAGGUGAUGGAGAUCUUGGAGAAGUGGUACCAGCGGCUCCCCUUGAAGGUUUGGAGCCGCAUGAUGAAGAUCUGCAAGGGCUCGGCACACCAAGUGCCCAGCGUGUUGAAGGAGUUGAACGAAUCAGCACCAGUGAUUCAACGCGUGCGGGAGUGGAUCGAAGCUUUGCCCAGCAGUUCUCCCAAGGCUUGCAUUUUGGACCUGGGCGCUGGCUACGGAUUCCUCUCGAUGCUUUUGGCAGAGUUGCUGCCACCUGAGAAGGUCAAGGAAUUCUGCCUGAUGGACAUGAGCUAUCCCAACAUGGGUGUGGACAACUCCAGCGGAAGCACCUCGGUGGAACACAUCUACAAGCUACCGUGGCCGAUUCCCAUGUACACCUUGAAGGUGGACCUGAAAAAGAAGAACACGUUGAAUCAGAUCGCUGAGAGGCUCCUGCACAGUGAAGAUCUUCGCUCGAGGCCCAUCUUCGCGUGUGGCAUCCACUUGUGCAACACGAAGUUCCCUGGCGGGUCACCGAAAGAUCACUCCAUGGGACUGGCAGGACGGACUGCCGAACAGGUUGGGCCUUCGAGCCGCCCAACUCUUCAACGAGAACGCCGAGGUCGCAGGCUUUGCCUUCGUGCCCUGCUGCUUUCCCACGAGCCGGCACGUCACGCAGCAGGUGGUCUACCAGCUUGGCCGACACCGCUUCGCGGCCAAGGACUUCCUAGAUCCCAAGGUGGUGCCUUCCAACACAGACCGAGUUGGCGAAGGAAAGGAAAGGAAAGGCAAGGCAAGGCAAGGCAAAGCAAGGGAAGGGAAGGAAAGGAAAGAAGAACAAGCUAGGCAAACAAGUUCAGGAAACUUCUUUAUCAGAAACCAACAUCGAAACAUCGGGUGGAACUCACCAUCGAACCAUUCGGCUGCGAGGCUUCCAGCGUUGG